GUUAGGAGACAGGCAGCAGCCCCGGCAACCCCUCAAGGCAACCAAAUCAUCCCGGUGGUAGUCGGCGGUCCGCAGGACACUUUCGUCCCGAACUUGAUCCAGGCUCAGGUCGGCGAUAUCGUGCAGUUCCAGUUCAGCAACGGCAACCACACUGUGACACAGAGCGCCGAGGGAGCCGCGUGCCAGCCUCUGCAGGCGACAAACGCCGGCGCCAUUCACAGCGGCCACAUACCGUAUCAGGACGGCCAGGCCAUGGUCGGGACCUUUAACAUGCCCAUCACCAGCACGGCGCCCAUGUUCCUGUACUGCGCCACGGGACCGCAUUGCCAAGAAGGCCAGGUGAUGGUGAUCAACCCGUAA